AUGGAAGCAAGAAUGGAGGCUGUAGAGGCAUUCGUACAAAUGAUAAUGCAAGGAGGAUUUCCACAGGGACAACCCCAUCACCCUAAUAAUGAUCAGGAGGAUAAAAUGUUGAGGAUAGACAUGAAGGAAUUUGAUGGACAGUCCAGCAAUCCUGAGGAUUAUAUAGAAUGGGAAGCAAGUAUGGAAAGAUACUUUGAAUAUAGAGGAACUACACCUGAAGGACAGUACAAAGUGGCAAAAAUGAAACUCACUAAACUUGCUGCUAUGUGGUUGGAAGGAAUACAAAGGCAGAGGGCAAGGGAACAUAGGGAAAGAAUUGAUACUUGGGAUAAAUUGAAAAAGCACUUGAACAGGAAGUAUGUUCCCAUCAAUUUCAAGCAUCAAAUGUACAUUAAGUGGAGCACUCUUAGUCAAAAGGGCAGAACUGUGACUGAAUACAUACAUGAAUGGGAAAAGUUGGUGGUGAUGUGUGAUAUAGAGGAUGCAGAGGACUUGAAACUGACUAAGUUUUUAUCUGGGUUGAGAGAAGACAUUAGGGAUCAACUCAUGACCAUGCCUACACUAGACCUACAAACAGCUUUUAACCUAGCCCCAAUCUAUGAGCAAAACUUCAACAAGAGAAGGGUGACAGGGAACAACUACAACAGAUCCCCUAAGGCAUACCCACCCAAACAAUCUAGACCUAUAUCACCCAAGGCACAGAGAAAAACAGAGCAAAACCUCAAUGCCCCUGACAGAAUACCUAUACCCUUGAACAAGGUGGUUUGCUUUAAAUGCCAUGGACAUGGACAUUAUAAAAAGGAUUGCCCCAACAUCAGAGUUUUCACUGCUCAGGAAUGGAGGGAAAUCAAGGAGGAUACCCAACCCAAGAUGAUGUUAGUAGUAAGAAAUGGUAGGGUGGAGGAGGAUUGGCCUCCAGUGGCUGAGCAUGAGCCAGAUGGAUCUUACAGAGUUGAUGAAUUUGGCAAAACAGUAAGGUAUGAACAUAGUACUGAUGAAGAAGAGAUUGAGGAAGGAUUGGAGAAGGUUUUACCUGAGGAAGGCUACUACAACCUGAUUAUAAGGAGAAGCCUACACACUACUGACCAAGAUGGUCAAGGUAGAGGUCAUUUCAAGAAGGAUUGUCCUAACUCAAGAGCUUUAACAAUCCAAGAGGUUAAGCUUAUGGCCACCCAAAACAUAAAUUGGGAGGAAUUUGAAACUGAAGAAGAGGAGCCCGAAAGUCCUAAGGAAGAGGAUGAAGAAGAUCAUUGCUUUCCGGAGAUGGAGGACAAAACCAAUCUGGUUGUUAGGAGGGCAUUGCAAGCACGAGUGGAGGAGCCUUUGGCGCCACAAAGGCAACACAUUUUCAUCACCAAAUGUAAAAUUGGUGACGAGGUAUGUGAUUUAAUUAUUGACGGGGGUAGUGAGGCUAAUACUGUGUCAAAGACUUUAGUGUCUAGACUUGGUCUUACCACCACUAAUCAUCCACACCCUUACAAGUUGAGUUGGUUAGAUUCUAAUUCUAGUACGGGAGUUAGAAAGCAAUGCAUGGUUAGUUUUUCUAUUGGUUCCUAUCAUGAUAGUCAAUUGUGUGAUGUUGUGUCAAUGGAUGCUUGUCAUAUUCUGCUCGGUAGGCCAUGGCAAACGGAUAGAAAAUCAUUUCAGGAUGUUUUUCCUAAUGAGUUGCCUAAGGGGUUACCACCUUUGAGAGGAAUUGAGCAUCAAAUUGAUCUCAUUCCAGGCGCACCAUUGCCAAAUAAACCUGCCUAUAGAUGUAAUCCUUUAGAAACUAAGGAGUUACAACGUCAAAUAGAAGAGUUGAUGGGUAUGGGUUAUGUGCGUGAGUCUAUGAGUCCGUGUGCUGUUCCUGCUCUUUUGGUUCCAAAAAAAGAUGGUACUUGGCGUAUGUGCAUUGAUAGUGAUGGCGUGAAGGUGGAUCCUAGCAAGGUUGAAGCAAUUCAAUCAUGGCCUAGUCCUAAAACACUCACGGAGGUCCGUUCUUUUCAUGGACUGGCUUCUUUCUAUAGAAGGUUUAUCAAGAAUUUUAGCACACUCAUGGCUCCUAUAACUGAGUGUACUAAAAAGGGGGCGUUCGAGUGGACUCCACAAGCUCAAAAGGCCUUUGAAGAAGUGAAGGAAAAAAUGUGCAACACUCCUAUUCUUGCACUUCCAAAUUUUUCCAAGCCGUUUGAGGUUGAAUGUGAUGCAAGUGGGAGAGGAAUUGGCGCCGUGUUGAUCCAAGAAGGGCGUCCAAUCGCUUAUUUUAGCGAGAAGUUGAGCCAAGGCAAGCUGAAUUAUUCCACCUAUGAUAAAGAGUUCUAUGCAAUGGUAAGAGCUUUAGAUCAUUGGUCACAUUAUUUGAGGCCACAACCGUUCAUACUACAUUCUGAUCAUGAGUCUUUAAGAUUCAUUCAUGGCCAAAAGAAGCUGAAUUCGAGGCAUGCUAAGUGGGUGGAGUUCUUGCAAACAUUUAACUUUUCCUCUAAAUACAAGAGUGGGAAAGCUAAUGUUGUUGCGGAUGCCUUAUCUAGAAGACAUGAUGGUUUUCUUUUCAAGGGAAAUAGAUUAUGCAUUCCUAAGUGUCCAAUUAGAAGUUUGUUGAUUCAUGAAGUUCAUGGAGGAGGUCUAGCUGGUCACGUUGGGAUUCAAAAGACAAUGGAGCUUCUUCAAGCUCACUUUUACUGGCCAAAGAUGUUAGCUACGGUUCAUCAUGUGGUUAGUCGUUGCUCUACUUGUCAAAGGGCAAAAAUGGUGUUUCAUAAGGGUCUUUACAAGCCUUUGCCAGUUCCCGAGAGACCUUGGGAAGAUGUUAGUAUGGAUUUUAUUGUAGCUUUACCUAGAACUCAAAGGGGUAAAGAUUCAAUAAUGGUGGUUGUUGAUAGGUUCUCAAAAAUGGCUCACUUCAUUCCAUGUCAUAAAACUGAAGAUGCCAUGAAAGUGGCUAAGCUAUAUUUUGAGGAAGUGGUUCGUUUUCAUGGGGUGCCACGCACCAUUGUGUCCGAUCGAGAUACAAAGUUCCUAAGUCAUUUUUGGAAGUCAUUAUGGCGUCUCAUGGGAACUAAGUUGCUGUUUUCUACAUCACAUCAUCCACAAACCGACGGUCAAACCGAGGUGGUGAAUAGAGUUCUUGGUUCUUUGCUUAGAACAUUGGUUAGUAAGAGCACCAAGGAUUGGGAUGUUAAGCUUGCUCAUGCCGAGUUUGCUUACAAUAGGACUCCUAGUGCUACUACAAGGUAUUCACCUUUUGAAGUAGUCUACGGGGUUAAUCCCUAUGUUCCUAUUGAUCUUAUUGCUCUACCCUUAGUGUGGAUUUACAUGAGGAAAGAAAGAUUUCCUAGUCAAAGGAAAAACAAGCUCAUGCCACGAGCUGAAGGUCCAUUUGAAGUAGUGGAAAAGAUCAAUGACAAUGCAUACAAGGUU